AUGUUGACUACUGAGCCUCCAACCCAUAAUGACGAUGAGGAAGAUGUCUCACAAAAUCCUGAAGCCGGUGAAGUCCAAAAUGAUGUAAAUGACAAGAGUAUUGACGACAUUGAUGAUUUUGUUCCUAUUUUUAAUGAUAGUGAAACCAAAACCAAAUCUGAAAAAAGAUUCAAGAAAAGAGCUAAGAAAAAGAAAUUGGUAUUGAAACCCAAGAAGAACCCUACCAAAAAGUCAACCACACCAAACAAGAAGAAGAAAACUGCUAAGAAGAAUGAUUAUGUUACAAAGAAGAAGUGGUCUGAAGGAAAUAAAUUUUUUGUUGAAAAGUCCACUAGUAAAAAUAAGUUUGUGCAAAAAAGGAAUACGGUUCUAGAGGUAGAAGUUGUGGAGGAAGAUGUCAAUAAAAACUUGGAUGACAUGUUGGUCCCUCUGAACAAGAAAAGUAAGAAGGUCAUGGGAAGUAAAAAGUAUUUUGACAAUGUUCCAAUUGCACCCCUUGUCAAUGUUUCAUUCUACUCUGAAGAGAGUGUGUUGAAAUGGAAACACGUGUACCACAUGAUAAUUUCCUCUGAGAGGGAGCUAUCAAAGGAAGCGUUGAAAUGUUAUGAGAUCAUGGAGCUAUUAGAGGAUGCAUAUUUCAAAAAGAUUGUGUCUGGAAUUAUUCCUUUCCAUCCCAAUAUGGUUAAAGAAUUCAUAGUGAAUCUUCCAAAAGGAUUCAACGAUGCAUGGUGUAGCGAGUUCAGGAAGGUUCAUAUCAGAGGCCACUUCUUUGGAUUCUCACCAACCAUCGUCAAUGAUUAUCUAGGAAGAGGUGAAGAUGAAAAACAAGUGGAGAAGAUGGUGAACACAUUGGUGAAGAAUUGGUGUACAAAUCUAUCUUCAAUGGGUACUCGCAGUAACAACUUAUUGAAUGAUGAAGUUUUUAUUGACCUUUGA